CAUAUAAACUCUCUGCAUAUAAACUUUGAAACAAGACGCAUGAAGGUGUGCCUGGUGCCGUUGUUGUGGUUGUUUUGUAUUGUAGUCGAGGAGAAAAGCGGAAUUAGUUUGACUGUUGUCAGUGAAUUAUUUGUGCGUGAAUAUGGACGUUGUAAUGUUGAAAUUGUGAUAUGUUUGGAAUCUGAUGAAGUUUCUGGAUACGUCCGACAAUCAUCUUUGAGAAAGGAGAGGACGCGAAUGCAGCUCACUGUGCGUUACGGACGUGUGCGCCGCGGCACUGAAGAGGAUGUGAGCGGAGCGCGGUCCAGCAGCAGCUCCCCAGCCGCAGCCGCAACCCCGCAGGACAACGGUCCGAUGCAUGCGCCACGCCCUGCGGGCGACCACCCGGCCACCACCCCCACUGGAAGCACCGGCUCCCCACGCGCCUCUGCUGGCAUCUCUCGCGCCAGACGCACCGCCGCCUCCGGGAGCAGCAUCAGCAGCAGCGAGGCAGGACCGGAGGAAGCGGGCGGCGUGGCGAUGGGCCUGCGCCGUGCCGGCGACGCGCGACAGCAUCCGUCUGCCGCCUUGUGCAGUAGUCGGCCCGCGUGCGGUGGAUCCGGCCUGGGGCCGGGGCCCGGCCCUGGAUCGGGCCCUGGCCCUGGCCCCGGGCCGGGGGCCGGCCCGGCGCACGCUCGGAGCCUGGGCGACCUGUCUGCCAAAGUGACGCUGGGGGAGCGCGGGGCGACGGUGGUGUCGGCGGCGUCCGGGGCCGUCACCGUGAUAAAUGUGCAGCACGGUGGCAGCAAGCCAGUGACGGACACUGCCCUCGCGGAUGAGGAAAGUGCUGUAAUGCAGCAUCAUCAUCUGCAGCUCACUAAUAAACCUGAUCUGGCUGUGACAGCCAAUGGUGUAGUUAAUACCAUGCCCUGUGAGGAUGAUGACGAAGAGGAUGAAGAUCUUUCAGGGUCAGAUGGGGAAGUGAGCAAAAUUGAUUUCACAGGUGUAAAUUUAAGAAAUAAAAAGAAGAGAGUUGUUGGAGAAGAUUCCCAAGAUGGCUUUGAAGAACCUGAACGUCCAAUGUCUUGGGAAGGAGAGUUGUCUGAUGCUGAAAUGAGCAUCAUUACAAGCAAUAUUAACAAGGACCAUGAAGAAACGUCAAUGGAAGGAGUGCAGAUAUGUGGGGUCAACUCCAUUCAUGAGCAUGGAGAUGAUAAACCUCAUACAUUUGAAGAAGCUGCGGUGGAAAUGCGAUCCUCCAAGCAGUUACCUCAUCAGCCAUUGGUAACAAAUGCUGGAAUUCCUACAAUGGGGACAGGAACUUCUGGGGCUACAGCUUCUGUGGCCAGUGAGCUGCCUCUGUUAGUGGAUAAACUUUUGGGCUAUGGAAACACAACCCCUUCCCAUAGCCCAGUUCUUCAGCAGAGGCAUUCUCAUGCCCUCAACACGAAGGCUCAACCGCUGCCUCCUUCACAGGCUGUUCCUCCAACACCUUCCCCAGAUUCAGCUAUUCAUUCAGCUUAUUCAUACUCAUCUCCUGCUCAAAGUCCUGUUAUUUCACGUCAUGGAAGCAGCCAUGGCUUGCCAUCAUCAGGAUUCAGUUCACCCUACACUCCUUCACUGUCACGUAACAACUCUGAUGCUUCUCAGUAUGGAGGUUCCCAGCACAGUAGUUGCUACAGUUACAGUUCCGUAUCAGUAUCACCCACCCAGUUUUCACCAACUCAUUCACCCAUCCAGUCCAGACACAUCCAUGGUGGACCUCCUGCUGGUUUCCCUUCUCCAGUGAUGCCUCGUGGUGCAGCUCCAGACUUUGCCUCCUCCGGUUCAGUCAGUUCUCCACUUCAUAUGAUGGCAGGUGGAGUACUAUAUGGAGGUGUUGCGUUGCCGAGAGGCACAGUUGUUCCUGUUGAUGAACAGGAUGGUUCAUCCACGGAUGCUAAUGAUGAUCGGGACAGUAAUAGUAUUCUGGAUGACAAAAUGUCUUCCUUAGCAGCAGAUUUGGUCCAGCACUCAAAUUUAGCUGCCCCUCCUGGAAUUUCAAGACAACAACUUAUCAACAGUCCGUGUCCAAUAUGUGGUGAUAAGAUCUCAGGCUUUCAUUAUGGAAUAUUUUCAUGUGAAAGCUGCAAGGGCUUUUUUAAAAGAACUGUGCAGAACCGUAAGAACUAUGUUUGCCUUCGUGGAUCUUCCUGCCCCGUGACCAUUGCAACAAGAAAAAAAUGCCCAGCUUGCCGAUUUGAAAAGUGCCUCAAGAUGGGUAUGAAACUUGAAGCAAUUCGGGAAGAUCGUACACGAGGGGGUCGCAGCACAUAUCAGUGUUCGUAUACCUUACCUGCCAGCCUUGUUGCACCAGCAGGUGAUGUGUCGAACCACAAGCUUCUUGCUUCCUCUGGUGAUCCCCAGGUCAAGCUGGAGGCUCCAGAUGUGGGAGCAGUUGCUGGCAGUAGUGCAGCAAGUGGCAUAGCCUCUAACAGUCGGCACUCGGACAAAGCCAUACCACAAUUAUUGCAGGAUAUUAUGGAUGUGGAACAUUUGUGGUAUUACAAUGAUCAGGAAAUUCAAAAACUUGCUGGUCACAAUGGCAAUAACAGUAGUAGCAGUAGUAGCAGCAGCAGUAGCAGUAGUAGCUGUAGCAGUAGCAGCAGUACCAGUACGAGUUCCAGUGCCAACAAUAACCCAGACUUCAUUUCCAAUCUUUGUAAUAUUGCUGAUCAUCGGUUGUAUAGACUAGUUAAAUGGUGCAAAAGCCUUCCUUUAUUUAAAAAUAUUUCGAUUGAUGAUCAGAUCUCACUGCUAAUAAAUGCCUGGUGCGAAUUGCUACUAUUCUCGUGCUGCUUCCGAUCUAUGUCUUCACCAGGGGAAAUCAGAGUGAGCUUGGGGAAAUCUAUCAGCCUUUCUCAAGCUCGUGAAAUGGGUCUUGGUGCAUGCAUAGAGCGUAUGCUAAAUUUCACUGAACAUCUGCGUCGAUUGCGUGUAGACAAGUACGAAUAUGUUGCCAUGAAAGUCAUCGUAUUACUUACAUCAGAUGCAAAUGAUUUGAAAGAAUCAGAGAAAGUUCGUGCUUCGCAGGAGAAAGCUCUUCAGGCCUUACAACACUACACUCUGUCCCAUUAUCCAGAUAUACCUUCCAAAUUUGGAGAACUUCUUUUAAGAAUUCCUGAAUUGCAAAGAACUUGCCAAGUUGGAAAGGAAAUGCUGUCUGUUAAAAAUAAAGAAGGAGAAGGUCCCAGUUUCAAUUUGCUCAUGGAAUUAUUGAGAGGGGACCAUUAAAUUGUGCCACAAAUUUCUAUGUGCCUUGAUGUGGACGUGUACAUAUAUAAGAAAGUAGAAAAGUUUGUAGGAACCUGUGUAGCUUAUGGUGGUGGUGGUAUCCUGUGCUCAUUUUCAAUUCUGUCUUAUUGGAAAAAUUAAAUGAAGAGAAUCCUAAUAUUGACUGAGUACUUACUUGAAGUGUCGGUGAAUGGCAAAGAGUUUUGUUGACAUUUCGCACAAAGUGCAAAAGAAGGCAGUGGUUUAGAGUGUUUGUAUGCAAAUUUUAUUUCUUUAAAUUUAUUUUAUUAUUAUUAUUUUUUGUACAUACCAGUAACAUAAAACUUGAGAUCUUUCUGUGUGUGUCUAUGUAUGUGUAAUGUUGCAUUGCAAUUUUUGUAAUUUUUUCCACUUUUUGUAAUUAUUACGUGACUUCAUAAAAGAAUAAGAAUUUUUAUAUGCAUAGAAAAGAAAACAUUUAAUGGCUUAGAUGUGUUGUCAUGUGUGAUAUUACAAAAUGGACUAUGCUUUUAAAAAGCGUCUGUUUAUUUUUAUUAUUAUUAUUUUUUAAAAAAGAGGAAGCUUAUUCAAGCUUAUAAAAUUAAUAGUAUAAGAGGCUAUAGGAAAGAUAGAAAUUGAAAUGUGUACCAUGUUAAAAAGUAUAUUAAAUUUUUUUACAUGUAUCACUAUUAAGUGAUUUAUGGAAAGUAUGAUAUAUUUAUGAGAAUUCCUGGUAUGAUGUUUGUAAACAGUAUUUUUGGUAUGGUCCAUCAAUAUCAUAAGUGAUAUUUCCUGUUUAAGUGAACAUAGCAGCAGAGACUCAAUUACCUUAUCUGACUUAACCUGUGUUGGCAUUUUUUGUCAUUUACAGCAGGAGGUGUUUAUUCAUUGACAUUUUAAAUGACAAUUGUUUUCACUUGCAAGUAUUAUGAAUGUUGUUCUGAGUACAUGAUCAGUCUUCAUUUCUCAAUGUGGUGCUAGAUAAUUGAGUUUCUAUUGCAAUAAUAUGAAUCCCACCUUGUUAUAUGUAAGCAUUUAGACAUCUUUAAAAGUGUUACUGAAUAUAUUGUAUUACACCAAGUAUUUACUUUCAUUGUUGAUGUUUUUCUCGUAUUAAAAUUGAUCUACCAAGUAGGUCAGUCCAGUAUUUCGUAAGUAAAUUAAUUUGGUUGUGAAACAGUUUUGUACCAUUGUCCAUGUUUAUACUGUUGACUUGUGCAAUACAUAAGACUUUUGAUAUCUGCAGAAAGCAAAGAAACUUACAAUUCUGUCAUAUGUAUGGUCAUAAAGUAAGCUUGUCUUCUGCGUUAAGAGGUUAAGUGGUACCCAAAUAUUCUUGUCAUUAUCCUUAUCAAAAUACCAAUGGUUCGUUACACUCUUAAUUGAAUUUUUCAUUUUUAACUUCUUUUAGAAGUAACCACAGAUUAUUUGAAUGAUAUAAUGUACACUUGGUAAACACACUCAAUAUACAUAAUUUUAUUUCCAAUAUUACUUGGAUUUUGUAGACACUUUUCUUGUUUUAUACAAUAUAAAGUAUUUUCAAACAAC